ACAUGUUAUAAUAAUUUAUUCAUGAACAUGAGAAUGAAACUGAAAAGCAUUUUGCAAGAAGUGGAAUAUUGCGCUGUGACAACCGACUGUUGGACAUCUCGAGCCAACGAGGCUUAUUUGACCGUAACUUGCCAUUUUAUAGAUCCAGAAUUUAAACUUCGCACAGCAGUACUUUCGACUAGUAAGUUACAGAAUGAGAAAAAUCAUUCUGCAGAAAACAUUGCGAACUCUCUAUGUGCAGUGCUAAUUGAAUGGGAAGUUAUGGACAAAGUUGCAGCCAUUGUUACCGAUAGCGCAAGAACAAUGAUAAAAGCAUGUGAGAUAUUGCAAAAAAGACAUGUGCCAUGCUUUGCGCAUGUUAUUAAUUUAAUAGUUCAACAAUGCCUGAAUCAAGAGAAAAUAAAAGUUAUUAUGGGGAAAUGCAAAAGUAUUGUGGGAUUUUUUAAGAAAACCACAGUAGCUUACGCCAAGUUUAAAGAAGCUCAAAAUACAGAGAAGCCAUACAGUUUAAAGCAAGAAUGUCCUACAAGAUGGAAUAGCGCAUUUCAUAUGAUUGAAAGAAUUCUUAAAACAAAUGAUGCUAUAAGCAGUGUUCUUCUUUCAACCCCAAAGGGACUUGCCCCGUUUUCGGCUGACGAAAUUUUAAUUUUAAAAGACAUAAAAAUUUUAUUGCAACCUUUUGAAUGUGCAACAUUGCAAACUUCUUCGCGAACGUUGGUCACGGUAUCAUUAAUAAUUCCUAUAACUUGCGGACUUCUGCAUAAUUUGCAAUUGUUAAAAAAUGACCUAAAAACAGUUGAAGGUCGCGAAAGCUGCAAUUGCUUAUUGGAGGGCAUAUCGUCCAGACUACUGCAAUAUGAAAUUCGCAAUGUUCCUCGAGUGGCAACUUUGCUAGAUCCUCGUUUUAAAAAAGAAGCGUUUCACUCACCAUUUAACAUCACUGAGGCUCAAAAACUCUUGGAAAACGAGCUUUCUUUUUUCAACGCACAGAAGUCUCGCCCUUGCGACGAACCACGCCUGCCAACAUCAACCUCCACAUCGCAGACAUCCCUUUUUCAAUUUUUGGAAAAAAACAAAAGUUUGAAACAUAAAACUAAUACAGUGGAUUCCAUAUUGUCAAUUCGUCAAUAUUUUAAUCUAGACAAUUUGGAAUCAAACUCCAACCCUUUAGAUUAUUGGAAGGUUAUCUCAUCAGAUAAAUCAUUUCAGCAUUGCUGCAAAAAAUAUUUCUGCGUUCCAGCAACUUCGACAGAAAGCGAACGUAUGUUCAGUAAGGCUGGAAUCGUUGUAAGCGAAAAAAGAAGUUCGCUUCAGUUUAAACAUGUUGACAUGCUACUUUUUAUCAAUCGGAACAAGUGGAUCUCUGAACAGCAAUGAUUGUUUUAUAGUUUUAAGUUUGAAAAAGAUUGAAUUAUGCUUUAUAGUAUUAAGUUU